GAUUCUGCUCUUGAACUAAUAAAGGAGAGUUUGUUUGAUGAAUUAUCAUCAUUACUAUCACCCACCGAGUAUGAACCAUUGAAGCCACUCAUUUUAUUGCUAGGUUGGAGUUAUUGUUAUAGCUGUAUCACGGCAUCUAAACUACUUGAAGCAUUGUGGACUCACAAGGAUGUCAAAACGCAACCUGUAUUGGAACAAGCAUGUAACAGACUUGCAUAUCAAGUACAUCUUGUACAGUGGUGUAUACAAAGGGCACAGCCAUUUCUUGAUAGAAGUGAGACUGACAUAUCCAGUACAGAAGAGCUGCAAAGAGCCAGUGAAAUGUUUCAUGGUUUGGAGUCCCACUCAGUACUAUAUGUGUUACAUCAGUCAAUGCAUCUAGCAAGUAUUGAGGAAAAGAUAAUAUUAGAUAUAUUAAGUGAAAGACCAGUCUUACCUACUGUACAAGGAUCAUCUACUAGAGGUUUGUGGACUGACAAGAAAUCAGUAAGAUUUGCUGCCCAGGAUGAUGACCAUCAACUAAGUAUAGAACAAGAAAGAGACACUAUGGUGUACAGGAGUUACUGUGCCCUCAAAUCAUUCAUGGAUAUCAUUCAAUACUGUAAACAAAACACGGACAAAUUUGACCUGUUACAAGCUCAGACAUGUGAAACUGAUACCACAAAUGAUUGCCAGUGUUACAUUACGAAAAAGUUAGAAAUUGCCAAAAAUCACCUUACAGAAAUAUAUCCACUUGUUUAUAGGAUAGAAACCUUAGAGAAUAUUUUUUCAUUACUUUUUUCUCGGCACAGUGAUGUAUUUAAUGAUUCUGUGUUGAAUGACAGUGGUAGUGAGCACGAGGAAGGACUUGUAGAUGAGGAGAUGAGAAGAUCUACUAGUAUUGAUAGUCCUACGACUCCUGUUUUAGAGCGUUCCAUUGAAAUAAGCUUUGAAUUAGCAACACCUGAUAAUGCUAGAAAUACAACAUGGAAACAAGAUACUUCACAUACUGAUAAGUCUGCACACUGUCAUAUAACUGUUGAAGAUCAAAACCGAAUUGACUUGAAGUCACCAGAGGUCUUUGCUGAUUUGAGAGGUGACAAAUUACCAUUACACUCAUACAUGUCGGAGUCAACCAAAUCAUCCAAAUCCCCAAAUACCAGUAGUACUAGUCUAAUUACAGAAAACAGGGCAGGGUUUUUAAUUUCAGGAAAUGUGGUUGGAGAUAUCCUCAAAGUGCUCAAGGAAUGUAUGAUUGAUUUAAGUACAGCUAAAUACAUUCUGGGACAGUCUUCCACAGAGAGGGAAACUAAAUCUUCUGCAACGAGCAAGUGCUUGUCUCAGUAUAUCCGGUGCUCAGUGCCCACAAACACAUUGCAGCAACGAAGCUCUAGACUCAAUCAGUAUAUCAAUGAAGCACAGUGGAGAUAUCAGUUGGUCACACAGAGUCAGAAAGUAUUACCAACAUUGAAUGAUAAUUAUGAUAGCUACUCUGGAGAUGAUGAUGAUGAUGAUGAUAUUACUUACUACGCACAGGGAGAUGAACAAAUUUCAAGGAGAAAGAGAAAAUUAUGUUCAGAUAGGAGAAUGAGAUCAUCGUCAGUAAUGGAAAACUAUUCCGGAGUCGAGAGUGGUUCAUACACAACUGGAUCACAAAAAAGUCUGGAACCCUCACAAUCUGGUAAUCAUGCACUAACUCCAUUCAUAACUCAUGUUGAUUUUCAUAUGUUCAUCUUCUUUCUCAUCAAUAUUGGUCUUCUGUCCUUUGGGCGUAUUCGUGAUCGUCUAAUUGAAAAUGAACGGUUACAAUUGGCAAUGGAAAUGAGUACUAAGUGUGGAUUAGACAUUGUAGCCGUGUGGUUAGCUUGGGGUAUGGCACAUCUGAAAGCUGGAGAGUAUCAUCAGGCUAGAGACAAGUUUAGCAGAUGUUUGAAAGUGCCAGCAGACAAAAACCUUAUCGUCCCUUCUUCUCCAUUACUGGUUGAUAUUAUACAUAUAUUGGAGCAGUCACCUAAAUCAAACAUCAGUGCUAUGCAAUCUCUCCUUGCACCAUUAGCUUCAGCAAGAGAAUUAAUCAGUGAUCCUACUAAAGGAAUGACCGUCUAUGCCAGACUGGAAGGAGUUCGAUUGGAAGAAUGUCUUUAUUAUCUUAAAACCUAUGGUACACAUAUCAGAUUGGUAGAAUUCUAUAAAAAACAUGGAUAUUUAACAAAAUCUGUAAACUACAUAAUAGAAAUGCAUUGUUCAACAGAGGUGUUCAUAGAAGGUCUUUUACUGCCAUGUAUGGAGAAUGGUUCUUUAGCUGAAUUACAACACGAAAUGAAGAUGUAUGAUCCAACAUUAGAGAGAUGGAAAAGUUAUCUUAAUGCAUCAUGUAGAUAUCUAAAUAAAAGAAAUUAUAUACAUGUGUUGUACCAAUUCCAGCUAUUUAUGCAGGAUUACAUUCGUGCUGCUAUGACUUGUAUACAGUUUUUCCAGACUGGUGCUACUAAUUAUUCAAGUUUAUUUGAUCGUUUAAACCACUUGAAUAAUGCAAAAACUCAUUUGAAAGAUGUAUUAGAUAACAGUAAAUGGGUGAUGAUAAAGAAACCUGUGAAAAAGAGUGAUUCCACUCCAGAAUGGGCAUCUUCUAGUGGUGAAACAGCAAUUAGAUUGGUCCUAUCACCAUCUGAACUGACAAAACAUAUAAAUACCUUGAGUCUUCAAAUUGAAGUAACCAAGUACCUUCAUCAGUGUAUGUCCAGUAAAGGAGGAGCAAGUUGUCCAGUCACAUCGCCAACAAAACAAUUACCAACAUUGUUUGGUAAUAAUAAAACUAAAGCUGAAUUAGUCAGUUUGAUAUUACUAUCAGCGAGUAGUAUAUCUGAAGGGUUCAAAAUUGCUUUCCGAAUAAUACAGGAUUUUCGACUUCCUGCAACGUUAGUGUAUACACACACAGCCAAGCAUCUUGCAAAGCAACAUAGUUACAAAGAAAUAAAACAACUUGUACAAUGUAUUCGAGAAUCCGGUCUUUCUGAUGAUCAGACAUGUGAUGAUAUUAUUUCCGCUUGUAUUCGUGUUAUUUCUGAUGAUACUAGCCAAAGCAAGGAAGCUGAGAAUUUUAUCAAGCUAUUGAAAAGUGACUCCAGUAAGAUCAACAAUUUUAUUUUGUGUGGUAAACUGAAAUCAGCGUAUCUGAUAGCAGUGAAGGCUGAACGAGUCGAAGAUGUCCAGAGGAUAUCUAGUGCUGCCCAGAAAGCGGGUCAAUCUGCUGUCAAGAAUAUAUGUGAUCGAUGGUUGCAGUCACAGGAUUUGAGGAGAAAACAAGAGAUGGAACAACAGGAACUACUUUUGAGAGCAACGCGUCAGAAACAAAAAUAAUCAACUGAUGUCUUAUCCAUUUGGAAUAAUGGAGAAAAUGGC